CUCUUUCUCCGAACAUGAAGAAUCGUUAAUCCCCCAAAAUCUACCGUAUUCACUGGAACAACAAGAAACUCUGUCCGAAACCAAGAACAGAGACGUUGUGUCUCUACUCUCUGAUGGGCUGUUUUCUUGGGUGUUUUGGCGGUUCUAAGGAUCGGAAACCCAGAAAACAGAGGAAUAAGGUCAUCCCUCGGGACCAAAGACAUGGAAGUCAGAAGCCUUUGCAAAUCACCGUCUCUUCAGAACAGGGCAUAACAGAAAAACCCGUCACACCGGUCUCGGAGCUGCGAGAUAACUCUGAGGAGCACUUGAGCUUGAGUACCAGAAAGAGAGUUACAUUUGAUUCAAUUGUCACAACCUAUGAGCAUGUUUCAAUCUGUGAAAGUGUUGAUUCUUUACCAGAGAGGGGGGACACAGUUAGUGAGAAGGACAAGGAGGAAAGUUUGGCAAAAACAAGCCAUUCUAGUUCCCUAUCUGAAGAUGAUUCAGUAACUUCCAGUGUUGGAUCUUACCCUCCAAACCAUAGGUAUCAGAACUUCAGAGACAGCGAUGAUGAAGCUGAUGAGUAUGGAGAUACUGGUUUGGAUGAUGAAGAUGACGAGGAACUAGAAUGCUAUGGUGAUUAUGAUGAGGAUGAUUAUGAUAGAAUUGAAGUGAAAGAAGUGUGGUGCGAGUCAAUUCCAACUGCAUCGAUGGAGUCAAGGACCGAUAAUUCAGCAAGGGAGAUUAUGGAGGAGGUAGAGAGUCAAAUGACACAUCAAGAACUGAAAAGUAACCGAAAUGCAAGAGAUAGAAGUGCUUAUGUUCAUCCUGUGCUGAAUCCAGUGGAGAAUAUUACUCAGUGGAAAGCUGUAAAAUCCAAAAAUGCACCACCUUUGAAGCCACAAAACAAGAAUUUUACAUCAGAACAAGAAGCACCCCACGUUUCUUUCAGUUCAGAACCGAGUUUUAAGCAACCAUUCCUUGGUUUCAAGCCAAACCCACAAAACAAUUUCAAUCAAGAAGUAGCAGUUGAUGCAAGUCUUUCAAAUUGGUUGGUUUCUUCAGAAACAACUCCCGUCAAGAAGACUAGCUUUACGGGGCACGAAACCAUUACAUCUGAGAUGAGUAUGUCACAACAAGGAUCAAAUUCAGUAAUGAGCUUAGAAGAUAGACCAAUUUUAGGUGCACUGACAGUUGAGGAGAUUAGACAGUUUUCAGCAUCUUGCUCACCAAGGAGGUCACCUAGUCGAAGCCCUGAUGAGAUACCACUAAUAGGUACUGUUGGAACCUAUUGGAGUCACACAGGCCAAACUAAGGAUUCUGGUUCAGCCUCUUCCUAUAAAGGCAUACCAAACACUACCAGCAAAUACAGAGAGGAUAAGAGAGUGAAUUGGCACUCUACCCCAUUUGAAACAAGAUUGGAGAGAGCAUUGAUCAAGGGUACUGCUGAAGCUUAAUCUCCCAAGCUCUCCUGCUCCUCAUUUUUUUUUUUUUUUU